CACAUCUGGCGCUGGUCGCUGCAGGUCGUUAGGAGCUGACGCGAAACAUUUGCAGUCAGUUGGUGGUAGUGCGUGGCAGCGUAUGCCAGGUGCGUCGUUUUUCUCUUUCUCUCACUUCUCAGUCAGUACUGGUCAGUAACGCAACGUUCGGAGCAGCACGGAGGGAAAUCCCAGUAUCCCACGACUCUUUCGACACCAUCGAAAUGAAAUCGGCUUACGUGAUAUGCGUGUUACUGGGCGUGACGAUCGGCACCACGCUGGUGCUAGCCGACGGCACGUUACAAUUGAUGGUUGAAGCAACAACAGCUACACCUGUAGUUACAUCAAGUUCUGUAACGGAAUUAACAAAGAAUGUCUCUAAUUCGGAACCUAACGUGACAACUCCGACACCACCACCAAAAAACAAUUCUACUACUACUUCAAGUACAACUCCUGCGAAUAUUACUACUACCACCUCCACUACUAUUACUACUACCACCUCUAAAACUACUACUCCUAUACCUACACCUUCUGAUAAAACGACUAGUACAACGAAUAGUACUACUACAACUACAACUACUGCAACUAUACCUACAACAACGUCAUCCAAACCAACUACUACUCAUGCCCCGACUCCCACAGCUCCACCCACUAGCACAGGUUCAUCAAAAACAACAGCUGUACCAACAGCUUCGCCAUCUUCUAAGGACCGCCAGUUUGAUGGUCUAAGCUUCUUUGGUGGUAUUAUUCUUACAACAUGUCUAAUGGCGAUCGCUGCAUUCUCGUGGAAAUUCUAUAGGCAGUGCAAGGAAGGAAAUUACCGUACACUGUGAUAACAUACGAGGCUAUAACGAAUUUUCGUCAAGUAAACGCAAAAUUAAUUGGACUAAGGACUAUAAUUAUUUUAUUGUAAUGAUAUUGCGUAUUUUUAUAACGCAGUUAAAUGUUGCGUGGUUUAAGUGCUCUUAGUAAUGUGAUGUGCAACCACGAGUUCCGUUUUUCUCAUGUAUAUCUAUCUAAUAGAGGGAAGAGGGGGAGGAGGGUUAAGUAUUCGUAUGUAUUGGAAACAAUAACGUUGUAUUUAGGCGCGUUUAUUAGUAGGUGAGAGAAUGUGACAAGUUGCGUGUUGUAAGUAGAAGGGAGAAUGAUAGAAGGUGGGAAGAGGGAAAGGUGGGCGCAUUGACGAGAGCUAAUGACCAAUCAAACGUACAUUCCAAGAGGGAAAAAGAGGGAGAUCUUUCUAAACGCGCAUUAUCCUACUUCUUAUUAGCUUUCGCUCAAACUGUGUGCAACUGUCGGCGAACUGUAUCUUUAAUGUACGGUACGGUGUAUAUAUUUCCACAGUAAAGUUAUGUAAGAUCUGACUUUUCUACGAGACGGGAGAGAGAAGAGAAAGUGUUAGACUUGAGAAACAUUGAGCUCGGCGCAGGUAUCUUGGCGUGAAAACGCCGAGGUAAAACGAAUCUCCAAAACAUUUGAAUCUCACGAAUGAGUCUCACAGUAGUAUAGAUGACACCGAAUAUACAUUAAUAUAUACAUUAUUAAAAUUAAACUGUAUUAAAAAUAUUGAUAAUCGUAUAGUAUGAUAACACAACAUGUGCGAGCUGAAUUCUCUUUUUCGUAUCGUUGAUCUUGCUGCAUGACAUUUUCUUUUGGUGAAAUUUACAUAAUAAUUGUAAAAAUAUAUACGGCAUUGUCAGAGUAAAGGUUCUUUUGCUCUACUUUCUGAUUUACUCUGCGUCGUUUAAAUUUGUACUAUGUAGUGGUGUAACAGUUUUAUUUUUUGCAAUCGGACUUUUCACUAUUCUUGAGCGCGCCAAGAAUCGUCAAUUAUUUAUCGCGUUGCAAUCGUAUCAAUGUCCAUGAAAAUCUCUUUUAAAAUGCUUAUUCGUCAAAUAGAAUGCCUAAGUAAUAAAUAGUUCCUUUCACACAUUUUCGCCUAAGAUGAAUCAAACUACACACAAUAUUAACUAGAACAUGUUUUCCUUUUUUUUUUUAGUGCAAAACGUAUUAUAUAGAUCGCAGAAUUAAUUUAUCGUUUUUUUUUUGUAACAUGCAUGUUAUAUCUGAGCUAUUACAAUUGUAUUAAGUAAUUUUAAGCAAUGUUCUAAGUAACGUGUCACGUUUAUUAUAAAAGACAAAAAGAAUCAUACAUUAUAUUAAUUGUGUGCAAUAUAAUUUCAGUUCACCAUAGGUUACCUUAUGAUGUAACAUUGAGAAUCUAAAGACACAACACUGUUAAUAUUUUGUGAAACCUAAUCCUUCUACCUGAUAUUCCUCUUGAUAAUACGCCGUAAUAGUAUUACUGCAAUAGACACUUGUCUUUCGAUCCGCGAUGUUUCAUAUUUUGCCUUGUCAAUAUUUUUUAUAGCGAAAAGAAUUUCAAGAAAAUGAUCUGCCUCGACAAACGCAUUUGUUUAAAAGUAUUAUAAUUUAAUAACAGUGUAUAAUAUUAAAAAAUCCUGUAAUAUUAAAAGAAAGUGACAUGUAGAUCAAUUGUAAAAUAUUUUUUUCACUGCAUUAUCAUUCGUAAGGCUACAGAUUAUUUAAAAGUUGUCCGAGAACAGACAAGCGUCUUUUUGUAUACUUCGUACAAUAGUCACAAAAAAUGCAUGUAUCGGAAAAACAAGGCAUAAUUUUCUCACAAAAUGACGUCGGAACUAUAUCUCAAAACGCCAGCGAGCCACUCCUUUCACGUUCUCCGCUGACGCGAAAAUAAUCAAUCGUCGCCGAGAACCGCGUGUUUUGCCAUGGGCAUCGCCAGAAUUACUUGCUCGCGCAAUUUUUAAUAUGGGAAUUUAUUCUGUCCGGAGAGGGUAUUGAUCGCAUCACAGGGUUGUUACAUAUACUUGACACACAUAUUUCCGCUUACAGUUAAUACGUGGCUCUAAAACUCGCGACUCUAAUUGUCGUUUCUCACACCACAGAGGAAAAAUCCAUCAUGUUACACAAAGGUGCGAAGGGAGGAAAAAGGGAAAAAAGAAAACAACGAGGGAAAGGUGAAAGGAAAAGAUCAAUAUGAGAAAACCAUCUUAUGAAUAUUAUGAAUAAGAAUUUGUACAGAGAAAGAGAGAGAGAGAUAUAUAUUUAUAGUUUCAACUUGAAAUUGCAAUGAGAUAUUCGAUGCGGCAAACACGAUGAAGCCGUGAUAUUGCAGUCGAUAAACUUGCAUGGCUUGAAAAGCUACAAUAAUUUAUUCGACGCUGAGAGUUUCUUCGGGUACCAA